UGCUUAGUGUGUUAGCCUUACUACAUCAUUACAUUUUGCACAAUAAAUAUAUAUAUUGGCUGUGAAUUCAGGGCUUUUGCCUCAUUAGAAGCCAUCCAGUGGAUGUUUUUGUUGUGGUUGUAAAAUGGAUUAAAAAAAGCUAUUGCUGCAACCAAAUGAUGCUAAAUCUCCCCCAUCAAUAAACAUUUAAACACUUCCUUCCUUCCUUUAGGUGCCUGAAUCCUCAUUGCAUGCCUUCACCUUCUCGUCUUCAAUGCUGGGAGAAGAGGUCCAGCUUCAUUUUAUCAUUCCUAAAUCAAAAGAGCAUCACUUUGUCUUCAGUAAACAAGGGAAACAUCUGGAGAGCAUGCGCCUCUCUCUGCUCUCUGAUAAAGUAUGGUGUUUUUGUUUUUUUAUUGAAACUUUUAAAGUUUUAUGCAAUGAAACGUUAGGCCCGGGAGCAUGUUAUCUAGAAAUAUAUUUUUGUAAAAUCAAUUUCUUUGGAGGCUGUGGAUGUGCUUUUAUUUAUUUAAAUAGUUUUUGUGUGUCUUUCUAAUUCAGUAAAAUAUGUUGUAAGGUUGAUUAACAUGUAUCCUCAUUGUGUCCUGCAGCAAAAUCCAAAUGUUCUGAAGAGCCCUAUUUUCACACCUACAAGUGGGCGCCAUGAACAUGGACUCUUAAAUCUCUUUCAUGCUAUGGAAGGCAUCAGCCACCUGCACAUCUUGGUGGUGAAGGAAUAUGAAAUGCAGCUGUACCGUAAAUACUGGUCCAACCACAUUAUGCUGGUGUUACCUGGCAUGUUCAACAACGCUGGUAAAGGUGAGUGGUUUGCCACCUGUCGUCAGUAUGUUCUAUUCAAAACAUUGAGUUCACACUAAACCAAUCAUUAGGGACUCCUCUUUGAAAGGUUUGUGUAAUAGACUGUGUUAAUCUUAUUUAGUGUUCUACAGGAUCCCCUCCCCAUUAGUGUCUUCAUUCAUUAACAAUCAAACACUUUUUGAUAGAAUUUGUCAGUUUAUAUUACGUACAGUAAAGAUCGUUACAUUGGUUUGUCAGUCUCUACAUGGAAUCCUCCCAAAGUUUUUAUUUGUUAUCGUCUCAUGUAUCAUCAGUUUUAAGACCUUUCCCUCCAUGUAGCACGUCAGGCAGAUUUACACCUUAUUGUCAAAAACAGUCUUUGCGAUAUCUUUUUGUGUGUUUUGGGGAUUAUAUUCCUGCCUUUCAGGAGGACCAUACUACAUAAAUGGACUGGUGUACAUACUGGUAAGAUGAGUUAAACCUUUUUUUACUUUGUUGCAGGAGCUGCCAAGUUCCUUAUUAAAGAACUUUCCUACCAUAACCUGGAGCUGGAACGGAAUCGCCUGGAAGAGAUAGGUGUGAAACGUCAGUGUGUGUGGCCCCUUAUAGUCAUAAUGGAUGAUUCAUGCGUACUAUGGAAUGCACAUGGAAAGCUCCAGGAACAGUUCAGGUAUGAGGUACACUGUGUAAAAAUUGCCAUUAAUGCAUAGAAACCUGUCCAAAGUACAUCUCAGAUUUGUUAGUUUUCCAUUAUGCUCAGCGCUGUGUACAUCUCACUCCAUAAUGUGAAACCGUAUUUUUAUUUAUUCCAAACAUAUUUACCAUAAAGAUAUCAGUGAGAGGUUUUUUUUUAAAUUUCAGCUAUGCUUGGAACACUCAAAUACUCUAAGGGUAAAGUGUAAAGCAUAUGUAGAGCAUUCUUAAAGGGGCACUAUAGUGUCAGCAACAAAAAUGUAUAUUCCUUACACUAUAGUUCUAAACCACCAUUGAGGUAGUUGGCCACCCACACCUUGGAUUAGAAAGGUGAUUUACGCAUCUUUUUCCCACGCCAUGCGGGGCUUUUCAAUCUGGCCCUGCCUCCGAUCAACCUCAUAAGAAGGCAUUAGAUUGGCUUAGUUCAUCACUUCUGAUGAUCUCAGGCAAGGGGGCGGGGCUAAACACUGCCCUGGCCAAUCAGCAUAUCCUCAUAGAAAUGCAUUGAAUCAAUGCAUCUCUAUGGGGAAAGCUCAGCAUCUCCAUGCAGAGAGUGGAGACACAGUGUGCAGUACGGCCGCUCAGUGUCUGAGGAGUGACCACUAGAGGUGUUCCUAGGCUUUAAUGUAAACAUUGCCUUUUCUCUAAAAAUGUAAAGAUUGUAGUGGAAGGCUUCUUGUAAGAGAUUCACUUACAUAUACAUAGUCUCUGAUGUUUGUGUGUUUGAUUACACUUAGGUGUCCAGUUUGGGGGAGGGGAGCAGUACAAAAUAUUUUUGCAAGUAGGUAUCUAGGCAUUUUUAUAAAACCCAUGGUUCCCCUGCAUCCAGAGCCUACUACCUGUGCUGCAGAUGUGAUCAUGAGGAAGUUUCGCUUAGUGACUGUCCCUCCAAAAUAUUUGCUUGCAUUAGCACACUCUGACUUCAAGACUGAUGCCUCUUCAAUUAAGCCAGUGGCCCAGAUAGGCUUAAAAGGUUGCACCAGACACUUAACCAGUAUAUAUGUAUAUUUAUAUUGGGUUACAAUUUGCUAUGCAUAUUAAAAAGUAAUAAUAAACUUGCCCUUUUUGAUCCUUCCUUUCAACUUGCUAUGUUCCAAAAAUAAUCAUAAUCCGGAUUGCUUUUAAAUAUAUCAUAAUGAUUGAGUUAAACACUUGAAUAAAAUAAUAAUAGAUUUUAUUUGUUAUUACAAUGGGGGAAAAAUGUAUAUACAAAAGGUUGAGCUAUGAUGCUGAUCACUGCUGGUUGUGUUAUUGGGAGUGAAUAGAUUUAAAAUGUAUAUUAAAAUGUAUGACUGUAGUAUAGAAUGAAAUGACUUGUAGGGUUAUUCAUACAAGAGAGCUCAUGGGUCUUUCAGCUUUUUUGCAUUUUACUAUACUGCCUUAUUGCCAGAGCAAGGGAAAACGCCCGGUACUCAGAUCUCAAAUCCUUAAUAGUAUUUUUACUCCAUGUCUUGUUCCAGCAGCCAAUCUUCAGAAACAGACAGCAUUAUCAGGAAUGUGUCCUUAAGAUAUGUUUUGCAACACAUGGAGGCAACUCCAAAGAUCAGCAACUAUGCAAUACUGGGCAUCCAGAAAUGGAACCACAAGUUAAAUACAUCUUUACCCAAACGGCCAUUUUCCAGAUGCCAUGUCCACGACUUCAUUCUUCUCAAUGUUGAUGUAACGCAAAAUGUGCAGUAUGACUUGAACAGGUAAGUGGCUCUUUUUUUCUUUAGAACCAAGAGUUGGCUUUACGUAAAUUGGCUUUACCGGCAUCGGCGGAUAGAUUUAUUUAUAUAAAUUCACUGUUGUGAUCCACUCUGUUGCUGAGCAGAACACUGUUGCAGCUGAAACUAGUAAAUUUGUAUUCUAAAAUUACGAACUAUGCAUAGAAUUUAAUGUGAAUACAUUUUGAGAGUGUUAAAGAGAAAUCCCAUUAUCCAGACUGCGGCCCCUUUGUAACCAUUCAUUACUGUGUAGAUUAUUCAUAGCUGACAAUUUUAUUAUUCACAGCUGUCACUAUUUUAGAUUCUGACCUAACUGGCAGUAAAUAGAGAUGUCGCGAACUGUCCGCGAACUUCUCGCGAACGGUUCGCCACAAGCUAUUCGUGGCGAACUCCGGUCAGCUGGCACGUCCCGGCCAAUCUCCAGCAGACCCUCCCUCCCAGACCCGCCUACUUCCUGGACAGCAUCCAUGUUGAAACUGAUGGGAGUCAGCUGAUGGGAGUUCGCCACGAACAGCUCGUGGCGCACCGUUCACGAGAAGUUCGCGGACCGUUCGCGACAUCUCUAGCAGUAAAUGUCUAGAGAGACUUCGUUCGGUACAAAUAAAUCUGUCUGUUGAUCCUCUAGAUGUGUAUUUAACAUUUUGUUUAGUGUACUUUUGUUUACAAAUUCUUUUCUCUUUUUUUUUAUUCCAUUUAUUUUCUUUUCAUUUAUCCUUCACAUCCAGCCCCAAAAUGUACCCCUGUUUUGGGGCACUGUGACUAAUGCACACAUUUCCUUGAUCUUCUCUUUUUAACAUAUUAUAUUUUAUCCACCUUUUCAAAUAUGAUUUGCCUAUUUUGUCCCAAUACAAAUGGGAGAAAAUAUGAAUAAUCGCUGCAGUUGUUUCCUUUGUAACAUCCCUAGAAAUAAAUUUACAGUAGACCGAUCCCUCACUCACAUCCUCCCAUGCUAACAUCCAUGGUUACAGAUACAAAAUAAAUAUCAAACCAGUAGGUGGUGAAUGUUAAUGAAAUAUAUUAAAAUCCUGCAGUGUAAGGGCUUAUAGAUCUAGAUCAUAUAUCUCAAAUUCUUCCUAUGCAUUUAAAAGCAGCAUUGUAUAUUAACCAAUAUCACUCAUUACGCCUUACUCAUUUUAGAGCCUUCACUUGACCCCUAGUGUAGAGUUAGGGAAGUGUAGGGGUUAAGGAGAGUUCUUUACAGGGACAUAUAAGGUGAAUUUCUACCCUGGAUUAGUGAGAGUUAGAGGUGUUUAGCUGCCUCUGUUAAAAUGGCAGCAUUAGCUAUGAUGAUGAUUUCUGCCUGGUUUAGCCAGCACUUGAUGUGUUUGCUUUUUUUUUUUUUUUUUUUUUUUAAAGGGAACACUAUAGGGUCAGGAACACAAACAUGCAUUCCUGAACCUAUAGUGUUAACCACCAUCUACCCCCCCGGUCCCUCCUUGCCUCCCUAAAUAUAGUUAAAUUUUACUUGUAUUCAAGUCUGCAGCUGCUGGCUCUGCCCCUGUCUGCCUUUGACCUGCCUGCUGUCUGCUGACAUCAUCAAAAGUAGUCGUCUAAGUGAAUCACAAUGCUUCCCCCUAAGGAUUGGCUGAGCCAGCACAAGUCAAACGCAGCCUGGCUAAUAAGCAUUUCCUUAGAGAUGCAUUGAAUCAAUGUAUCUCUAUGAGAAAAGUUCAGCGUCUGCAUGCAGAGGUUGGAGAUACCGAAUAGCUGUGCUAUACUCUAUUCAGCACUGCCCAGGAAGAACCUCUAGCAGCCAUCUGAGGAGUGGCCAUUGGAGUUAUCACUAGGCUGUACUGUAAACACUGCAUUUUCACUUAAAAGACCGCAUUUACAGCAAAAAUCCUGAAGGGAAUGAUUCUACUCACCAGAACAAAUACAUUAAGCUGUAGUUUUUUUGGUGACUAUAGUGUCCCUUUAAUAAUAGCCUGUCUAGCAAGGUUUAAUCUUGUUACCUGCUGAUUUGACCCUACACAGAUACACUUAGCAUGUCUUUUAACGUCACAUACCUGUUUAGCCUGUUUAUUUCACACAAAAAAUGACUGUUAAUUCGGGAUUUGAUAUGCCAUCUGCAUCUUGGGUAUUUGUGUAAUUGCUCUAAUCCAUUUUCUUCUUUCUAUACUAAACUACACAAUGUCUCAAUAAAAAUAAAGAUUGACAAAAGAAAUGGCAGCAGAUGCUAGUAACUCCUACUGAUCUUGGGCAUUUACAUCCCACUACUGCCUGUGAUUAGGGCCCAUGAAUAGUGAUGUCCCGAACGGUUCACCGAACGGUUCGCCGCGGAUGGCGAACAUAAACAUAAACUUUGACCCUGUACCUCACAGUCAGCAGACACAUUCCAGCCAAUCAGCAGUAGACCUUCCCUCCCAGACACUCCCACCUCCUGGACAGCUCACUAAGAAUGCAGCUUCACAAUGAAUGUAAAAUGGAUGCUGUCCAGGAGGUGGGAGGGUUUGGGAGGGAGGGUCUGCUGCUGAUUGGCUGGAAUGUGUCUGCUGACUGUGAGGUACAGGGUCAACAUUUAUGUUUGUUUGCCGUCUGCGGCGAACCGUUCGGGACAUCACUACCCAUGAACGGCAGAGAGAAGAUCCAUUGUUGUUAAUCAUUAUUUAAUACAGAAAGUAAUUCCACAGUGCAUUAUUGAGUUCUGAAACAGAAUCUCAAUCUAUGAUUCCAUUUAUCUAGCUAGCUGUCUGUAUGUCUGUCGAUGUAUAACAUUCCUAUUUUUAUUCUGCGUAGGUAUUUCUGUGAGGAUAUUGACUUCAAUCUCCGAGUAAAUAGCAGUGGUCUCCUGAUCUGCCGCUUCAACAAUUUCAGUGUCAUAAAGAAGUAUAUUCAUGUUGGAGGACACAAGGACUUCUUUAUCAAGCCCAAAAUUACAGUAAUUGUUUUUGGUUCAUUUAUUUAAAUUAUUUUUUAUCCAAUUUUUUUUUUUUUUUUUUUAGCUGAAACACCAUUAUUUGUGAAAUACAUUUUUUUUGUGUAGUUACUUUUUUCUGCUUUUCUACCAUGUGAAAAAGUGCAUGUACACAGAGUGAACAAAGGAUUGCAUUCAAUAUUAAUCUCUCUCUGGCUCAUUACAUAUUUGUAAACUUUAGCGGUUUGUUCAUAUUCGUAUAUGCUUCUAUAACAUGGUGUAUAAUCUUGUUGUUUUUGCCUUUUUCUUUCUAGAUCACAGAAAGCAAUGGUCCCAUUUCCCCGAUGCACUAUGUAUGUGCUCCAGACAGUGAACAGACUCUCCUUGCUGCUCCAGCACAGUUCUUGCUAGAAAAAUUCCUACAGCUAAGUCCUCACAGGCUUUUUCCAAAAGCUGUUUACAACCCAAGGAACCCAGUGCUUGCUGUAGACUGUUACUUGAAUUUGGGACCAGAGGUAUUAUUUUUUUUUAUUUGGUGUAAUAAAAGCUUGACGUGAUAAUGCCGGACGGUAGUGCUUGAGAUACCAAUAUAUUUAUUGCAAGUACCAGCCUGAUCAGCUGAUAUCUGUUGUAUGUAAUAACAAACUGUUAGUAAUCCAGAAGUAGGUGGAUAUCUAGGUUAGGAAAAUGAAUGGAGCUUAAAGUGAACCCUGUCAUGUAAAAUUUAACAAUAGCUAACCCACCUCACACUUCUCCCCUCCCCUCUCCCAACACAUAGAAUACAUCAGAUAUCAUAGAGAGAGAUUAUUUAUUCAGUGUAAAAUUUUGAUAUAUACUCUUCGUUCCAGUGCUGCCAUGUCCUGAGAUUCGUUACUUUUCUCUUAAACAUCCUGGUGUCUUGUGUGAUUUGCGCUGCUUUGGGGGCACAUUCACAACCAGGGCAAGUUUCCUGUGUGAUGCUGGCUUCGUUGCCAGCGUCUAAACAGAGCAACAUGAGUCACUUUGUUCUAUACUCUCUAUCCAGCAAUGUCGACUAGGGAAUUUCCAUAGCAACUGCAUUGCAUGAGAAAAAAGGAUCACCUGUUAGAAGUAUUUUCUGCUCUCCCGUGUCAGUCAAAUUAUCCGCACAGUCUAUUGACUGAGAAGUGGGAGAAAGACCUAUCUGCUAGCACAAUGUAUAGACAGAAUUUUAUACUCUUUCACUCACAUAAAUGCCGGGUAUUCUUUAAAAUUAAUUUUUAACUGUUAAAGUGAUGAAAUAUUAUGUCAGUAGUUAAAACUAUUACACCUGAUAGGUUAAAAACCGUUAUUGGAUAGCUUAUAUUAAAGCAACAUUACAGACGUAGACAUCCAAUUGUAAGCAGGGUCCUACUCUGGAUCAACCAUGGUUCUAUCUGCAACAUUGUAGCACUAUUGCUAUCGCUAAAAUCACUUUGGGUAAGAGAGCUGGCGCUGGUUUGCUGCCAAUCACUGUUGUUCAUGUUGGAUGAAAUUGACAUGGAUUAUGUCACAGUGUUAAGACUAUAUCAGACUGUUUUAAAUGAUAUAAUAUUAAACUAAGGGAUGGCACCAGGAUUGUGUAGGGUACCUAAUUUAUUUAACAAGCCCUUACGUACACAACUAAUGGUAUUUUUGGGGUUCGUUAUCCUUGAUUUGAUACUUAUUACUCUAAUUAAUUUGCAAAUUGAGACUUUUUUUUUUUCCCCACCGCCAGGUGACUUUGUGCUAUGUGAGUUCCAGACCACACUCUGUGAAUAUAAACUGUGAAGGAGUGGUGUUCAGCGGUCUUCUCUUAUACCUGUGUGACUCGUUUGUCUGUGCAGGGAUGUUGAAGAAUUACAGAUUUCUUAAAGGUAUUUUUUUUUCUUUUUUUUGACAUGCAGGGACAAAAAUACAGAGUAGCAAGGACAUGUAAUAUGGUUAAAGACAAUGUGUAUGAUUAUGACAUCUACAUUACAAGUCUCGAUAAGCUGCACAUUUUUUUUAACUAUGUAAAGCAAGAGAUAUAAACAAAGUGUUCUGAGAGCAGGCAUAGUAAAUUAUUUGUUAGCAUUGGACACUAAGAUAAUGAGAGAACAGCUUAAAGGUAUUUUAUAUCAAAAGAUCAAGAACAAAUGUAUAUCCUCUAUAUAUUUUGCAUGUUGUGACCCAGAUCCAACAUUGUGUUCAUCAGUGAAACACGUAGUGGGAUUGAACGGUUUAAUAAAAUAAAUACAUUUUUUAAAAAGUAGAAUUUCUUGCUUAGCAUAUUAUGCGAUACUAAUUUGUCAAGCUGUAUUCUUUUAAAAUCUGGCUGCCGUCAUGUGCUGUGUGUAUACUAUAAAAGUCACCUCAGUGGGAUACUUUGGAAUAUUACAGAGCUUUUGCUGAAAUCUGUUUGAUGACCAAAAUUAAGUGAUCUCUGCAGAUCCUAGCAGGAUUAUUUACUGAAGUGUGAGUGGUUAGGAAUUCAAAGUGAAUUUACAACUUUUAGUUCUAAAAAGUCAAUUUGAAAAAGUAAGCGGUGUUUCCAGUUUCACUAUGUUGGUCUAAAUUGUCUUUAAAUUCCCAACAAUCCACAACUUAUUAAAUAUAGGGUAUUUAAUGUAAGUGAAGAACCUUUUAAAGGAUUUUUUUAUGCUUGAUAUAAAGAACUACUAAAGGCACCGAGACCACUUCAUUUCAGUCAAGUGGUCUGGGUACAGUGACCUUUUAGAUUUAAACCUGCAAUCUAAAACAUUGCCGUUGGAAUUGCAGGAUGAAACACGCCUCUAGUGGCUGUCUUCUGGACGGCCACUAGAGGCACUUCCACUGAAUAACAUAGUCAGACUUGGUUGUUUAAUUAAAUGCUGCUCAUAGAUACCGUUUUGCCGUACAAACAAACUAACCUCACAAUACUUCUCUAUGGAGAAGCAUUGGAGUGGGUGAGAUUAAUAAAUCUCGAUCUCAGUCAGAGAGAUUGGGCUGCCAUAGCAAGCCCAGCAUGGUGAGGUAGUAAAGGUAAGCAAUAUCAUUUGGACCCUCACAGAGGGGCGAGAAACUUAAAUAGCUGGGGUAACACCAGAAAUACACGUUUAUAUUGGUAACACUCUAGCGUUCCUUUAAAAAGGCAUUUUCAGACCAAAUGAGUUCCCCUUUAAAUCUUUUUGUAUACAACUGAUGCAGUCCUUUUCUAUGGCACUUUGCUAAAUCUAUUGAGUUAUUCAGUACUGUGUUGUUUUUACUGUUGAGCAUUGAGAGGGAAACAGAUCGGAACCUUGAACCCAAUUAAUGUUCCAGAAGCAGUUUGUGCUGCUAUGGCAACACAUUUCUUUUUGCUAGCAUUACCUGGCUUCAAACUACUUCAACUAUUCUGGCCCUAUUUAAAUUUAAACAGAUCAUAAAGUCACGAUUAUUUCUUUGUCAGUUUAGUCAGUGAAAGCCUAUUACUAAUGCUAUAUUUAGGGUGUUCUUUUCGGCGGAGUUGAUAUAACAGAUGUGUAAUAAUAGAUAAUAGCCCACAGAAAGGUUGGCUUUUUUUUUUGGCAAAUAAGCUAGACAAAUCAUCUCAAAGAAAGGUUAUGAUUAGACUGCUGUUUACUUUGUCAAAUCUUUUGCGUUUUGAACACUGAGGUUUUGGGUAUGUUUAUCUGCAAAUCCUUCAGGGCAUUAUAUUCUCAACAUAUUUUUGGGAGUUGUGCUUACUCAUGUGUUGAAUGGUUGUGUUUAGUAGGUCAAUAUAGUUGACCGUCUCUAUUAAUUGUAUUUUUAUUUGCAGGUGCAACUCUUUGUGUCAUUUGCCAAGAUCGAAGCUCCCUACGACAAACAAUUGUGCGACUUGAGCUAGAGGAUGAAUGGCAGUUCCGACUUCGAGAUGAGUUUCAGACUGCGAAUAGUAGCGAUGACAAACCACUGUAUUUUCUUACUGGACGCCACAUCUGAGUCUUUUAUGGAAAUUAGACUGCUCAGAUCAAUCAUCAUGGAGGAAACGCAAGCCUACCUUUGUGUCCGGGAUCAGAAGGCAGAUACUUUAACCUUCUAUCCUGCUAGGAAGAUGAUGUGAACUUGGUAUGUCAAACAUUUUAUAUGUUUUGUCAUCUGUCAUUCUCACAAAGAGGAUUUCCCAGUGAAGGCUAGAGCCCUGUGAUAACUGUUUGGGCUCCAUCUUGAAAUAAUGGAGACAAAGCUCAACGAUGACCACUUGGGGUUAUAUAUUGAAUUAUGGAAAAUUAAAUUACAUUUACAAUUAUUGUUGUGGGUUGCCUUGGAAUACUGAAGAGGAAAGAUCAAUGGUGACUACUUUGGAUUCUUUCUUGAAACAUUGUAGAUGAAAGCUCUGUGAGUGAUGACUCUUUGGGUUCUAUCUUGGACUACUUGGAAUAAUUAAGAUUUUCUUUAUUUUAUUUUUUAAGCUUCGAUUAAAAUGCCCAUAAGCUAUUACACCAUCUUCUAUCAUGAGAACAUAUUAUUUUCAUUGGACCAUUAAUUUUUCUAUUCCUUGUAUACUGCAAUCUCAGGGGUUCUAAAUGAGCAGAUUUUGGAUAACGGGGUAAUAUCUUCCUUUUUUCAGUGUUGGCUUCUGUACGUUGAGCUAUUCUAAAUAUUCACUGCAUUCGACUCCAUGGAUAGUUUAAGACUCGUCUUUAUAGAUCCUGAAUCCUUUGAGUGCUUAAAGAGUUAACUAUCUAUGAUCCAUCUAUGAUAAUACAUUUUUAUCAUUGUAUCCUUGGAUACAGACUGUUAUGGAAGACAGAGGUUGGAUGUGCUGGAAAACAGACCUUUUUGGCAUCUUUUUAUUAUUACUUGCCACCUACCAUGGCUUUGACAGUGUGUAUACUGUCCAACCUUACCAGUUUACUCUCUGUAUGUCUACGUUUUUCAUUUGCCGUAGCAGUGAUAAUAGAAAGGUUUUCAGUUGCAGACUUCAGAUUGACCGAUAAGGGAAUCUAUGAUGUAAAACCUGUAAUUUGUGCUUGUUUUCUUGAACUAAAGCCUCCAACUUACUUGUGAAAACUCAAUAAUAUGAUUAGGCAUUACCCACCUGUCCACAAGUUGGAACAGAUUUUCCUAUUCUUUGGCUUAAAACAGGACUACAGAAAACCUAUUUCUGGGGAGGACUGAGGUAAUUUUAAACUCUGCG